UACUACGAGUAGCAUUGUUUCAGUGACCUGUUGUGCAGUACAGUAGCACUCCGUAGUAUAAUAUCGGUUUGACUACCUCUUUACUUUCUUACUCUUUCUCUCUCCUCUAAUUCACUCUCUCUCCUCUUCUCACUCAUUCUUUGAUACUCUCUGCACAUCCCCACCUGAAGCAUAAACCUUGAAGAUUCAUACUACUUUUUAUCAGGAGGUGGACUACAGAACAUCAUAAUUAUGGGAGCUACUACUGUCAUUUUCAGAAGAAUGGGUGUUGAACCCAGAUUCAAUUGCAUUUGUAUACCAUCACUUUGAUGUUCCAACCCUUUCUUCUUUCCUAACUUCCUAUGGCUUCCAAUAAUUCUGCUAAAGCAUCUUCUGAUCGCCAACAUCGACUAGGGCGUUCGGCUUUUCCUUCCCAGGUUUCCGCCUCCACCAAAUCUAAACCCGAAUUCACAGACCACUUUGCGAAUUCCCUACAAAUUGCCUCCAAGCAUCCUGAUAAAUCUAAAUCCACCAACCAAAAUGCAUCCCUCAAUUUGUUGUCCGGUGUUGAGCCCUCUUCGGCUGACAUAGAUCCUGUUGAGAAUGAAGCUAGGAUUUUGGAGGAUUUAUCCACUGAUCAUGAGAAGAAAACAUCAGAAUAUGGAAGUAUCAAAGACAGUUCAGUGUCUGCUAAAUUUAGUGAUGGAACAAGCAGCCUUGCGAAGACAAGUGGAAGUGCCAAAACAAGUGGCCGGCUUGAUUUUGUAGAAAGUGGCAAGAGUAGUUUGUGUAGAGGAAGCACUAGCACCGAUGUUAGUGAUGAGAGCAGUUGCAGCAGCUUUAGUAGCAGCAUUAGCAAGCCUCACAAGGGGAAUGAUGUCAGAUGGGAGGCUAUUCAAAUAGUCCGUGCGAGAGAUGGAAUGUUGGGGUUGAGCCACUUUAGACUGCUCAAAAGGUUGGGAUGCGGGGAUAUUGGUAGUGUUUACCUUGCUGAGCUGAGUGGAACUAAGUGUUACUUUGCCAUGAAGGUAAUGGACAAAGCAUCUUUGGCUAGUCGCAAGAAGUUACUACGAGCUCAGACAGAGAGAGAGAUUCUUCAAUCACUGGACCACCCUUUCCUUCCUACUCUGUAUACCCACUUUGAGACCGAUAAAUUUUCAUGCUUGGUGAUGGAAUUCUGCCCGGGUGGAGAUUUGCAUACUCUUAGGCAGAGGCAGCCAGGGAAAUAUUUUACUGAACAAGCAGUAAAAUUUUAUGUAGCAGAAGUCCUCCUGUCGCUGGAGUAUCUUCACAUGCUUGGGAUUGUGUAUCGUGAUCUCAAGCCUGAGAACGUCCUUGUGAGAGAUGAUGGACACAUAAUGCUCUCAGACUUUGAUCUUUCCCUUCGUUGUGCUGUGAGUCCAACACUAGUGAAGUCAUCAUUGAAUGAGAUGGAGCCGUUGCGAAAAGAUCAAGGUUACUGUGUUCAGCCAGCUUGUAUUGAGCCUUCCUGCAUCCAGCCUUCAUGUGUUGCGCCGACAACAUGCUUCUCGCCACGUUUUUUUACAAGUAGGUCCAAGAAAGAUAAGAAGGCAAAGAAUGAAAUUGGAAACCAAGUGAAUCCACUCCCUGAGCUUAUGGCAGAGCCAACCAGUGCCAGAUCAAUGUCUUUUGUUGGUACCCAUGAGUAUUUGGCACCCGAAAUCAUCAAAGGGGAAGGUCAUGGAAGUGCAGUAGACUGGUGGACAUUCGGGAUCUUUCUUUAUGAGCUUUUAUUCGGUAGAACUCCUUUCAAGGGUUCGGGCAACCGUGCUACUCUGUUCAAUGUUGUGGGGCAACCUCUAAGAUUUCCUGAAUCCCCAGCUGUAAGUUUUGCAGGCAGGGAUCUAAUAAAGGGGUUGCUUGUGAAAGAACCACAGCAUAGGUUGGCAUACAAAAGAGGGGCAACAGAGAUUAAGCAACACCCAUUUUUUGAAGGUGUCAACUGGGCACUAAUACGGUGUGCUACACCCCCUGAGAUACCGAAGCCUGCUGUUAUUGAAAAGGCAGCAGCUCCUCCUCCCUCUCAUGAAAAAGCUGAUCUUGCUAUGAGGGCACCUGAUCAAAAGGGUUCUGACAAUUACCUUGAAUUUGAUUUCUUCUGAGGUUUCAAUGUUUGUUCCAAUUUUCUUCUUUUUUUCUUCUUUUUUUCCGUAUAUGUUUCGCACUCUGCUGGAUUAGGAGAAUUGUUGCCAAAAAGAUUUGAUCUUUAUAAUUAUCUAGUGAGCACAAAUUGGGAGAAAUGCGGUGGAGUUGGAGUGCCCUGUACUGAGGAGGCAGAAGCAGAUAUGGUUGCAAUAUGCUGAUCUAGGCCUGCAAGGGCCAUAACUGUUUGUUGCCUGUAAUGUGUAUGUUUAAACUAAUGUAUUGGGUGCGGUAUGAACUCUCCAAAUACUCGAAAGAGAGGUAAAAUAUAUAUGUAUCUUAAGAUGUGCUCCAUUUGUUUCAGAGCUUUUUAAUUUUCAAAAGUAUUAACCCUGUUGCUGUUCACAUUUCAUUGAAGUCAGAUACAUGAGUUAUUGCGGAGUAAAUUAGCCAUUGCUAAUACUCCGUUACUCCUGACACCAUGAACUCAUGAAGAGAGUGACCCAUUUGUUUUUAAGGGUCAUUAUCUAAAAUUUGUUGGAUGAAA